AAAAGGGUGUAUUGUGCAAGCAUUACUAUCAUGUUGUUUAAAAUUAGAGGGAAUUGUAAAAAUAAAGGAGGAUGAAAUGGCAGAGCUAAAUUCAGUAAUUAACAUGAAAUCUGAGAAAUUGAAUAAUAAGAUUGUAGAUCUAAGAGUGCAUGCAGUUACAACUGGUGAAGCUUUGAUUGAAAAGGCAAAAAUGUGUGAGGAACUUACAGUGGAGAAUGAGAGGCUGAAUGGGAAAAUUUUGGAGAUGCAAAAAGAAUUGGAUGAAUGCAGACAUGCUACUAAUAUGGCUUUUAAUAAAAUGGCAGAAAGCAUGGCACCUUCGAGUAGGUCUCCUGUAUCUGAAAUUCCAGGGUCUAUUGCUAACCCAGGGAUUGGAGAUACAGGAUACAAACCCAUUUAUCCAUGGGAGGAUUUGAAACAAAAGUCAGUGACAAAUCUCCCUGCGGCUCCAACAACAACAACCACAGUGUUGAAUCCUGAUAAUUCUGGAGAGAUUCAGCUGGUUACUAAGCAGUUGAAGCCACAAGAAAUGGAUGCUAUAGUUAGAGAAAUAGGGCAGGUACCUCAGCAGGAUAUCAAUCGCUUUUUGCAAUGGUUUUGUGGAUUUCAAAGAGUGAAAGAGAUGUAUAGUUUGACAACUAGUGAUAUGGAGAGGGUGCUGCAGAGAGUUGUUGGAAAUGGAUUGUGGGUCAGGAUUGUACAGACAUGUGGUCAGCAGCGUAGAACUAGGGAUAUGUUGAAAGAGAUCUUGAGAGCACUUUAUGGAAUUACAUCAAAUGUGUCAUUGUCUGGAAAGAUUAAACAGCUGAAACAAGAGUCUCCAUAUGAAUUGUCAGCUAGAAUCUCCACAGUGAUGGAACAGUUUGGUGUCAGUAAUCCUGGUUUUGAAGAGGGAGGGCUGGUGCAUAGAUCAAUGUUUUUGGAUGCACUAGAGGAGGAUAUUAAAGAUGAGAUAUUAUCUGUAACCCCAAACCCAUCAGAAAUGUGUGAUUUACUGUUAAGAGCAGAUAAUUUGUGGCGAAGAAAGGUUAAAAAUGAGAGUUUUGCUGUAGAUGCGGCAAGGAUUUUCAGAGUAGAGGGGCCAGAGAGGAGAGAUAGGUCUGCCAUGUAUCCUCAGAAACCAUUAAGGGGAAAUAGAUUUCAGCAUAUAGGAAAUUCUAGAGGUGAGAAUGAAUCUGGUAGUGAAAAGAAGGCAAAGAGUGAUACAUUUGUAAAACCAUGGGUUCCUUUCCAUGAAAUUAAAGAUGAAAGAGAUCGGCUAAAGGAAGAAUUGAACAAGGUAAAAUAUGAAUUGGAUAAGAUCAAGAGGGCAGAGUCUAGGGUGGCUACUGUGGAAGAUAGUAAGGUAAUGCAUCCAAAAGAAUCCCUUGAGUGUUAGGAAAUCCGAGCCCCCCUCGCCCCUUCUUGUCAUUUCUUAACAAAUCUGACCUUAGAUCCUUGGGGGCGACCCACUGUUGAUGUUUUAUUAGGGGGUACUCGAGUACAAGCGCUGUUAGAUAGUGGGGCAGCUGUAAGUUUCAGCAAGCAUGUGAAACCAGGAAAUGAGAAAAUUAGAAUUACAGGCAUUACAGGUCAUUCCAUUGAAGCUCCUUUUGUACGUGAUGUGUAAAUGCAGAUUGGAGAGGAAAGUUGGAGGUGUGAUGUUGUAUGUCAAGAUCAAGACAUUAUAGGAGCAGAUGUUUGUUGUGAACAAGGGCUGAUUGUGGAUUUAGCUAAUUUAAAACUGUGGAAAAUGGAAGGGAAUGGAAAUACAGGUCAUGUAUGGCACCCUCCUAUGGAACUAGUAACAGCAACAGUGAAACCAGUGGGGGAAGUAAUAGGCUCUUGGGACCACACCUGGGAUGAUUUAAUGAAUGCAUUUCAGGAUGUAAUUGCUAAACACAGACAGGAUUGUGGCAAAAUGAAUACAAUGGUGUUAUUGGAGGGCAGUGACCCACCAACCCAAAAACAAUAUCCAGUACCUAGAGAAGCUAUUCAACCGAUCAGAGAAGUGAUUAAGCAAUUAGAAGCACAGGGAACUUUGAUAAGGGGUGCAUCUGUGUGUAAUUCAGCGGCCUGGCCAGUGGCUAAACCUGACAGCACAUAUAGACUAACAAUUGAUUACCGUAUUUUGAAUAGGCAUUCAAAAAGUAUGGCCCCUGUUGUUGCAGCUUACCCAGAAAUGAUUGGCAAAAUAACUCCAGAUAUGAAGGUGUUUUCAGUGGUGGAUAUUAAUAAUGGUUUUUGGAGUAUUGGUCUUGAGCCGAGUUGUCAAUACAGGACUGCUUUUACUUGGGAAGGGAUCCAGUACAUGUGGACAGUUCUACCUCAGGGUUAUAAAGAUAGCCCAGCCAUUUUUUAUGCCCAUAUGAAGGAAGUGGUAGAUAGAUUUUCAAAGUCAGAAAGGAUUGUUCAGUAUGUGGAUGACAUUUUGCUAGGUUCUCCUUCAAUGGAGGAGCAUAAAAAUGAUGUCCAAGAAUUGUUGCAGCUUUUGAGAGAAGCAGGAUUAAAAUUAAAUCCUAAAAAAAUACAGCUUGGAAAAGAGCAAGUUCAAUUUCUUGGGGUUACCAUAGGGAAGUCAGGGCGGAGUAUUAAUGAACAAAGAGUAGAGUUGAUUGGGAAAAUUCCUCUACCUACAGAUGAACGUUGCUUAAGGCAAUUUCUUGGUAUGACUGGAUUUUGCAGAGACUUUGUUCCUCAGUAUGCAGAAAUGACAGAGUGCUUAUAUGAUCUUUUGAAAAAUAAGUGGAAAUGGGAGGCAGAGCAUACACAGGCUAUAGAGACUCUAAAACAUGCAUUGGGAAAUGCCCCAACUUUAGCUGCCCCUGAUCCAAAUAAAGAAUUCAGGAUGUAUCCACAUGUUGGCCCCACAUCAUUGUCAGUUGUUUUGACUCAAGAGUGUUUUGGAAAACAAAGACCUAUAGCUUAUGCAUCAAGGUUGUUGACACAAGUGGAACAAAAGUAUCCUUUGUGCACUAGAAUGGUAUUAUGUUGCUAUUGGGCAAUAAACAAAUUCAGAUAUUUAACUGGCACUCAGACUGUUGUAAUUGCUAGUCACCAUACUCCUUUAGUUUUGCUAGCAAAUGGAAAAUGGAAAGAAGGUGAUGUAAACAGUAAAAGACUUGCAAGAUGGACUACUGCUUUAUUAUCAGAAAACAUAAAAGGAUUGAUGUUGAAAGAGCCUAGCGUGUUGGUGGGAGGGCUCCAUAUAGAGGGUGAACCUCAUACAUGUAAAGUCUUUGGAGCUAGUUUACAACAUGAUGUGUUCAAAGCUGUAUCAGAACCCUUUGAUCCCCUCACAGAAUGUUGGUACAUUGAUGGGUCAUCAUAUUACAAAGAUGGCCAAAGGAUAGCAGGAUUUGCUGGUAUAUGUGUGAAAGAGGGUCACAUUCAGGAUCAGUUUGCAUUUUCGUGUAAGGCCGUGUCAGCACAAUAUGUUGAAAUAGCUGCACUGUUGCAAGUUCUUAAGAAAAUGGAGGAAUAUGGUGGUGUUGUUAAUAUUGUUUCUGAUUCAGAUCAGGUAUGUAAAGGAGCUGCGGUGUAUCUACCAUGGUGGAAAAUGAUGGGUUUCAAAGGAACGGAUGGCAGUGAGAUAAAGUAUGCGUCGUUAUUCAAGCCAUAGAGGAAAAUGCUAAAUAUUUUGUUAAAGUCAAUAUCAGGAAGGUGCAAGCUCAUAGAAAGGAGACAGUAGAACAUCACCAUAAUAACAAAGUUGACAAACUGGCAAAAGAGGCAGCAGAAGCUGCCCUUGAAUGGCCUUUAUUAACAGCAAUGACUUCAAUACCUGUAGCUGCUAUAACAAGGGCACAGGCAAAAGAGACAAAGGAGAGGACAGGUGAAUUGGCUAAACUACAAGAACAAGAUGAGGAAAUAGGAGCACUGAGAAAAUCUUGUGAGGCAGGACCAAUAGUCUAUGAAGGGCAGGAGUUGUAUUUAAAAGAAGGCCUGCUUGUCACAGACUGGAAGGAUUUUCCAGUUUGGUUUGCUCCAAAAGGGGUGAGAAAAGAUAUUCUCACGUGGAUUCAUGGCUCUCCUGUAGGAGGGCACCCAAAGCUCCAGUUAGCAAGUGAAAGAUUAGACCAUGUAGCUUGGUGGCCCCAAAGUAUUGUACAUAUGGAGGAUCACAUACAAUCCUGCUUAGAAUGUGCUAGACAUGAUCCUACUAACAGGAAAAGGAGGGGGGCUUUGAUGAGACAGGCACCCAUGGGACCAUGGGAACGUAUUCAAAUUGAUUAUACUGGUGAACUACCGAAUACUGUCCACCAAAAUAAAUACAUUCUUAUGGUAGUUGACUCAUUUAGUCAUUGGGUAGAGGCAUUUUCAACAAAAAAUUGUACUGCGAUCAAUACAGCCAGAAUACUUGUGAAAGAAAUUUUCAGCAGGUGGGGAAUUCCAAAGGUUAUGGACAGUGAUAGUGGACCAGCCUUUAUUAGUAAUGUCAUAGCGGAAACAUGUAACUUACUGGGAAUAAUUCACAAGUUUCACAUAUUCUAUCACCCAGAAUCUUCUGGUCAGGUUGAAAGAAUGAAUAGGACUGUAAAAGAUGCAUUAAAAAAGGUUGUGAAUUCACAAGGAACAGACUGGGAUGAAAAAUUACCAUUUGUUCUAUCGACUAUUCGUUCCAGAGUGUGCAGAUCAACAGGGUUUGCCCCUUAUGAAGCUUUAUUAGGGAGAACUAUGAGGACUUGGGAACAUUUACUAAAUCCUCUCCCACCCGCCCUAGACACAGUAGCAUUAUCUGAAGCCUGGGUUGGAAAUCUGAAAGAGCAUAUUUUGACAGUACAUAAAUCUCUCUGUGCUACCGAUGAAUGCACUCACAAGGCCACUCAAAAAUGGUUUAAUGCAAAAGGGGAUAUAACAGAGCAUCAGAUUGGAGACAGAGUAAUGUUGCAAGAUUUUUCCCCUCACCACCCAUUUCCAAAACCUAAAUGGAAAGGUCCAUAUUUUGUGCUUGACAAAAUUGGACCCUCUGUGUAUUUGUUAGAUGUGGGAGAUGAGAACUUUAGAUGGACGCAUGCAUGUCAAAUAAAAGCCUUUAGAGGAAAAAAUGAUGUGCCAAGUUAA